AUGGAUUAUCUUGCGUAUCUCGCUGCAUUUCUAAUGCUAAUAGUAAGUUAACACAAAAUUCUAAAAUCAAACAAAAAUCUUUUACAGAUCGGAAUUCCUAGUAUUAUUAUGAAUUCACUUAUCAUUUAUGUAUUUUUAAAAGAAAAACUUCAUCGAACUGCAUUCAAUGUUAUUUGUUUCACAAGAGCAUCUAUUAAUUUAUAUGUGACAUUUUUCAUGUUCAUUUUGAUUUUUACAGUUGAUGCGAUACUGUGAGUUUGAAAAUUCUGAUACUAUUCCAAUUAGAAACUCAAACAUUUUUAAGUCUCGAAUCUCCUUAUUCGAAAAACUUCGAAUUUGCCAUAAUUUCUUCAAGUAUGUCACUUUAUAUAAUGAAUGAAUUCACAACAAUCCUUGUUGCUAUUAAUCGUUUUAUCGCAAUUUUCGCUCCAAUGUUUUAUUCGAAAUAUUGUGGAGUGAAAGUGACAGCAUUCCUCGUGUUUCUCAUUUUUGCUUAUCGAGCUUUUCGAACAUUUCAAGAUCUCACAUUUUAUAUUGGUAAGUUGACAAAAUCAAACAUUCAAUCAGUCAUAGCUAGACAUUUGGCAUGAAACCCUAUAGUUAACUAACAUUACACAUUUAAUUGAUAGUUUGGAAAGUUUGAUCGAGAAAAUAGGCCUAAAAUCAACUGAUAUGUGAUUGCAAUAGUACCAACUUUUCGAAAAAAAUGCAACAAAUGUUUGUGAUUUCAGGAAAAGAAUGUUAUCUUCUAUUCAGUGUCGAAUAUCUCACAUUUUUUCCAUACUAUAAUGAAAAUUGUGGUGGAAGUGAUAUUUCAUCAACUCUUUACGCUACAAUCAUUGGAUUUCUCAUUGUUUCUGUAUUGAACAUUGCAAUUUUUUCGAAAAUUGCGAUGUUUGUUUUUGUAAGUUGUUGGUAUUAUGCAAAUAUGUUUCCGAAUUCAACUUUCAGCAAAAUCGAAAUAUUGAUAAAGAUGCAAAAAAUCGUCAAAGAAAAAAUACAGUUUUAUUUUUCCAAACAAUUUUGCAAGAUUCUUUGGUAGUCUUUGACAUGGUUUUCACUUUCAAAUUAAGUGGAUUAUGGGAAACAAGAAUAUGGAGUUUGAUAAGUUAUGUGUUAGUUUGGGAAACUAUUUAUAUGUUGGAUGGUUUGAUUAUGUUAAUGUUUAAUGAGCAACUAUCAUUAAUCAAAAAACAACUUUUUGCAAGUUUUCCUACAAUUACCAAAAAAUCAAUGCACGAACCAUCAAGAUCAAAAGUUUCAACACUUCCUGAAGUUUCAGGUUAA